CUGGAACGCGGCCACUAAAAUCGAUCGACUGACUCAGAGACUGUUUAUUGUAUUUUGGUAUUUUAAUUGUAAAAUACUAGAUAAGUAUAAUUAUAGUGUGUGAAGUGAAAGAAAAUAAUGGCUGGUUGCUGCGGCUGUUGCUCCGCUCUCCGGCCUCGCUACAAGAGGCUGGUCGACAAUAUCUUCCCCGCGAUACCACAAGAUGGACUCGUCAAGACUAACAUGGAGAAACUCACCUUCUACUCCCUGUCGAGUCCUGAGAAACUCGACCGGAUCGGAGAGUACCUGUUUCAAAAGGCCUCCAGAGAUAUCUAUAGAAGAAGACAUGGGUUCGUGAUAAUUGCAAUGGAGGCGAUGGACCAGCUCCUAGUGGCGUGUCACUCGCAAACGCUCAACCUGUUCGUCGAGAGCUUCCUCAAGAUGGUGCAGAAGUUGCUGGAGUCCACCGACCCUCAGUUACAGAUCCUUGCUACACAGAGUUUUGUUCGAUUCGCGAAUAUAGAGGAGGAUACCCCGUCGUACCACCGGCGCUACGAUUUCUUCGUGUCAAAGUUCUCGGCGAUGUGCCACAGUAACCACAUCGACAAGCCGACUCGGGACAGCAUACGGCUCGCUGGCAUUCAAGGACUACAGGGUGUAAUCAGGAAGACCGUCUCGGAUGACCUAGUGGAGAACAUCUGGGAGGCGCAGCACAUGGACAAAAUCGUGCCCUCGCUUCUCUAUAACAUGCAGACAGCAGAAAAAUACGACACGGUGCUGUGCAUGGAGGGCGGCGCGGGGGAGGAGCAGCCCGCGCGGCUGGCCGAGGCGUGUCUGCGGGAACUCGUCGGCCGCGCCUCCUUCGGACAUAUACGCAGCGUACUGCGACCUGUGCUCACUCACUUCGACCGACACGAGCUGUGGAUACCGAACGACUUCGCAGUACACACCUUCAAGAUUAUAAUGUUCUCUAUACAGGCGCAGUACUCGUACAGCGUGGUGGAAGCGUUGAUGCAGCACCUGGACGCGGGCGGCGACCGCAGCACGGACGCGCGCGACUACACGCGCGUCCGCGCCGCCCGCGCCGCCGUACUCAGCAACAUCGUCGCCAUCGCCGCCGCCGACAGCGUCGGACCAUCAGUAUUGGAGAUCAUCAACAAUCUGCUGACUAACCUGCGCGCGUCCGUAGCUAGAGAUUCUGAAAAAGAAACCGACGAGAAAUUGUACCAAGAAGCUCUGAUCAACGCUCUGGGCGAGUUCGCGGACCAUUUGCCUGACUUCCAGAAGAUAGAUAUAAUGAUGUUCAUCAUCAACAAGGUGCCCAGCAGUCAGCGCGCCAACAAGGGCACCAAGGCCGACGCCAUGCUGCAGAGUAUACUGCUCAAGUCCCUACUCAAGGUGGGCACGACGUACCGUACGGUGGAGCUGAGCAAGGCGUUCCCCGCCGCCUUCCUCGAGGCAUUGUUGCGGCUGGCGGGCGGAGCCGGGGGGCGAGCCAGGGCCACGCUGCAGCGCAUACUGCAUACACUGCUCGACCGCAGGGACAACGCCACGCGGGUCGCCGCGCCCACUGUGGAGGUAUGCGAGUUGGGUCUGAUAGUGGAGAAAUGCUCGCGACAAGACCUCAUCUUCUUCAGCAAGCACGGGUACGCUCUGUUCAGCUCGCUCUAUGAAGGGCUGCAACUAGAAUCGAAUACGAUGGAGAACGUGGAAGCUAUUUACACGACGUUGGCGCUCAUCUGCAUCGAGCUCGCCUCCGAGGAGACUGUCUGCGACAUCAUGCAGCUUAUACUGGCUAUCCAGCAAUCAAGUCUAUCGAACCCAGUACUGUCGGUGGCUCAGCAAUGCCAGCUUCAAGCCAUCAGUAUCUCCCUGGCAGCCCUCUUACCUCACGUUAUGAUGCUGACCCGCCUCACUGACUAUAUCAACAAGAUAAUAGCGGCCCGACGUGAAGAGGCCCCGCACCUCCUCCCUCCACUGCAAGAGGACUACGAUGACCUGCCUCCAGCCAAGAUGCCCAACAAACUGCCUUACCUCAUGAUGGAUCAGAUGGCAUUGUGUGACCUGCUGAAGUCCCACGGCAUAGACGUGACGCGACUGUCCUCGACGUCUCCGUACACAGCCGGCAAUGUAGCCCUGCCGCACCGACACAGCUGGGUCGAGGCCGGUGCAGCUCAAGGUCGCGACAGUCUCGCAGAAAUAACAGCGCCCGGCACUGAGCUGGAUAGUGCCAACAGCUCGCCCGGCGUGCAGAGGGCAAACGGCGUGGCAUCAUGCGUGAGCCUGGAAGCGUUGCGUCGCGCGGCGGGCGGGCCUAGCGCCGCCGAGCGCCGGGACGCUGAGCGACGUCGCGCCACGCUCAACAAUGCGUUCCGUACUGCACCCUUCGACCAUCUACUGCAUAUUACACAACCUAAGUACGAGAUCAAGGACAAGCUGGAGGAGAUCUUCAAGUCAAUCAGCGAGGAGCCGCUGCUGCCGGGGUCCGGCGCGUGCUCCCCCGCCGCACACAAGUCCUACUCCGGCGCCGUGCCGGCCUACACCAAGUACUUCCCCGAGCUGUUCCUCUACUGAACACACUCUACUAU